GUUAGCGUAGUUCCUAUAACCAAACACAAACAGUCCCAGCAGGUAGUCGGAUAGCUGUUGUUGGUCGGUCAUAGUCGCCAUUAUAACACUCCCCAUCUCUCUCCCUGCGAUCGAUUUCAUGUUUAAAACACACAGAUGUUCUAUCUGUGACCUAGCAUGAUUACAGAACCCUUAAAUCACAAACCGUCCUAUUGAAGAGAAGCCAUAGCUCUAAAGCUCCCAAUUCUAUUUGGGACCCACACGUAAUUCGCAUCUUCAACCAAAUCAACGGUCACGAAACCGUCUGUAAUAACAAGUCUUCAUCUGCGUCCGUUACUCCAGCAUUCACUCUCGCAUUCCUUUUCCAUCUUCUUCAUUCAUUUCGUCACCCGAUUCAAUUGAACGAGCAUUCCGCUAAAAUGCGCACUGUGCGUAACUGGAGCUCAUGAGACUCAGAUACUGAUCCCAACAACAGAGUUCAAUUUGAACGCUCAUGGCGAAUUGGAUCUCCUCCAAACUCAAGGUCGCUGAAACUCUCCUCCAUCAGAUUGAUCAGCAAGCGGCUGACUCGCUAAGAAAGAAUGAUAAGCAGCGAUCUGAUGAGUCAAAUAAUGAGAUCCUGGCAAAAACUAAUGCGGUUGUGCCAUUAAAGGAUCAAUUGAAGAAGAAAACAGAAAAAACAAGUGAUUUGAUCGGUAAAUUACAUAAUGAUCAUAAUUCAAAUGUAAAUAAAAACAAUAGUCACAAUCCGAGUAAGGAGAUUGUGGCAUCUGUAAAUUUUAAACCUUCUUCAAAACCCAAGCCUGGUCUUUCGGACAGUGAUUGGACCGAAUUACUUAGUGCUCCGAGUCAGACAACACCUCCAACUACAAAUCGUGGUAAUGGAGUUUCCGGCAUUCGCAGUUUGAGGAAAGAUGGUAGGAGACCAGGGGGUUCAGGUUCAAAUUUGUUAGCAUUGGAGGCAAAGAGGAAUCAUAAGACUCAAAAUAGUAUUUUAAAGUCUUCACCAAAAUCAGAUGUUGCCUUGCAGAAUAAAAUAAAUAGUGGUGGCUUAGGUGGGAGGCCGAGUGAUGGGGAAGAUUCUAGAUUAUCUGAUUCUAUGGGUAGGACUUCAAGUGUUGAGUUACAAAGUAAUGGUAAGCAUUCAGAAGGAAGAGGAUUGGAUCAGAAGGAUGAAAUUGCAAAUAUUGUGGAAGAGCAUAAGAAUGAGGCAGUUGAAGGAACAAAUGUUGUGGAAGAGCAUAAGAAUGAGGCAGUUGAAGGAACAAAUGUUGUGGAAGAGUAUAAGAAUGAGGCAGUCGAAGGAACAAAUGGCGUGUCAGAUACUCUUGGGGAGGGAGGGGAUUUACAAUCGACGGAUCGUUCACCAGGUGCAAUUCCACAUUCAACAUAUAAGAAGUUACCGUCAGAAAUGGUGCCGGUGACUGUUGAUGAAGGGUCUUAUUUGAGGAUAGGAGCAAAUGAUGAUGCCAACAGCCCAAAUAGUACAGGCGGAAUUAAUGAAUAUAGUGCAGGUCCAAGGAGUUCUGCUUCUCUCAAGAGGGGUUCUCCUUCGGUAAGUGACGGAGGAUCUGCUUCGGAGACAGAUUCAGCUUCAACGUCUGACUCAGAGAGUGAACGUGACAGGGAGGAAAGGAGGCGGCGAAGGGAUCUGAUUCUUGCUGAGAAAGCGGCUGCUAAAGCUGUUGAGGCCAUCAGGGAGCGCGAGAAUAUGGUUGCUAGACUAGAAGGGGAGAAACAGAGUUUAGAGAAAAUACUUGAAGAACGGGCCAAACAACAAGCACAAGAGGCUUCUGAACUGCAGACAACUACGAUGGAAAUGAUGGAAGCUGUUGAAUUGGAAAAGCAGAAACAUAACAAUACUAGAAUGGAAGCCCUUGGACGGUUGGCUAAACUUGAGACUGCUAAUGCUGACCUUGCAAGAUCCCUUGCUACUGCACAAUGGAAUCUUGAAGUAGAGGUUAAUCGGGUAUCAGAACUCCGGCAACAAACUGAGUUGAAAGAAGCAAUCCAUGAAGAACUCCGAAGGAAAAUUUUGAAUUCUCAUCAGACUGGCAAUAAAUUGGUUGUUUCAAAAGGGGUUGAAUUUGAGCGUGAGAUACUUGAGGAAGAGUACUCUUUCAUAACAGAUAAAGUUGGGCGAUUGCAAGAGAAGGCAAAGACUCUUGAAACAAACAUCAAAAUGACCCAAAAGGAGAUGGAGAAUCCAACUGAAGUGGAAAUUGAGCUCAAAAGAAGGCUUGGUCAGCUGACAAAUCAUUUGAUUCAGAAACAAUCCCAGGUUGAAGCCCUCUCUUCCGAAAAGGCGACACUGAUGCUCAGAAUUGAGACAUCUUCAAAGUUUCUGGAGGAGAACGAUGGUGAUUUACCCAGUACUUCAUCCAGGGAUGAUUUAGAAUCAGGAAUAUUGGAACUCCCCAACUCCAAACUGAAAGAGAGAAUUCGCUCUGGGCAGCGGCAUUUAGGAUCAUUGGUUCAGCAGUUGGACUCUAUUUUUUGUUUUGGCGCAGUAUUUUUAAGGAGAAAUCCAACUGCAAGAUCAUGGUGUAUUGUUUACCUUGUAUGCCUUCAUCUCUGGGUUGCAUAUAUUCUAAUGUCACAUUCUCCAGUUUCAGAUGAGGCCAGGUCCGGUGCAGUCAUUUCCUUGCAGAACAUUAAUAACACUGGAGGCAGCGUCUGAAUUUUAUCCAUAACAUGUGAUUUAUUGGUUUUACCUCAUUUUUAGCGAGGUUUUUACUGCUUGAGGUGAUGUUAAUGCACUCUCCCCUCAAGUCCAGUUACAAACUAAAUGUAUCGUAUUUACAUAUCAUUGCAAUUUGCAAAGCUAAGACAGCACAAAUACAGUUCAAAAGAUUUCCUUUCA